AUGGCUCCAGAACGGGGUUCAGUUAUCGCGAAGUCGAAUUUUCCUAUGUAUUCCGUUAAAUCUUUGGACGAACGCCAUUUUUUAGUUGCUGGCGGAGGAGGGCAGGCAAAAACUGGUGUUUCCAAUGCUAUAGAGAUCUAUGAGUUACGUGGGACUGAAACUGGUUACCAGGCGAGCAGUGUGUGUGCACAUGAUGUGGGCUCCCAGGCUCCAAUGAAUGGGGCUACAGUCUAUGAUGGCAGAAACCACUUGUUCGCUGCUGGCAUGGACGACGAGUGUCAUCUCUUCUCAAUGAAAUAUAAGGUUGUCUCCCCUGCUAAAACAGUGCAAAAUAUUGGAAGUUCCACAGAAGCUGUUAAAAGAAAAUCCACAAAGGAAGAAACAAACGGUGGUGCCUACAUUGACUCUAAUCAAACAAAACGUGUAACAUUCGAUGUAGGUUGUUUACGAACUGUGAAAACAGACUUCUUAAGUGAUGGAGGAUUUCAAAAGUGUGUUCAGUUUAGUCCAGACCGAAGCAUAAUAGCAACGGGUGGAGGUGAUGGUCAUCUUAGAAUAUGGAAGACUGAGGACUUGAGUAAACUACAUGAUAUAGCAGCUCACAAAUCUGAAAUAGAUGACCUUGACUUCUCACCAAGGGGAGAUAAGGUUGUGACCAUAUCUCGAGGCAGCAGUUUCUCUGUGUGGAACGUGAAAGAUGGCAAGCGCCACCUUGACAUGGAGUGGCCUGGCAAGACGGGCGAACACAGGUUCCGGGCAUGCAGGUUUGGAGUUAAAGCGGGCAGCACAGAAAAAGGUCAUACUCUCUACACAAUCAACAUUCCAGUAAAACGUUCAUCAAAGCCUGAUCCCUGUUUCAUUGCUCAGUGGGAUGGCGAGACUUAUAAGCCACGAUUGGUUGUGAAUGCUGGAACAGAGGUGCUGUCUUCCAUGGCUGUCAGUCGAGAUGGUAUCUAUGUUGGUGUUGGUAUGAUAACUGGCAGUGUCGCUGUGUACAUAGCAUUCAGUCUUCAGAAGCUGUAUUAUGUAAAGGAGGCCCACAGUAUAUUUGUGACAGGGCUAGACUUCAUGCCAACAUCGGAAAAUGCCAGAGAAGUAACAGGAACCCAAGAUUUCCAUUUGCUUAGUAUUUCUGCUGACAACACCAUCAGGUUGCACCAAGAACCCACCAGAGCUUCAUACAGUGCAUUUAUUCUCAUCAUUGGCUUGAUGAUGGCCAUUGCCUUCCUUUUCUGGACGAUGGCUCAGCUUGGCUUGUGAUCCUGGUAACUAGAUGUAGUUUACCUGACCCUAUUCUACGACCGGCUCACAAAAACCUAUUCUACGACUGGCUCAUCAAAAACUUAUUCUGCGACCGGCUCAACCAUUCCUAUUCUGAGACCAGUCUACAAGAUCCUAUUCAGCAAAACUUAAAACUUUCGACUUCCCUAGAACCACAACUCCCCUAGAACCACGGUAUCACUUACUUAAUACCAAGCACACCAGCGUCAAGUAAGGUAUUUGUGAAUAGAGCUUAAGUUGCCAAAACCGUAAUAGAAGGUCCUCAAGAAACCAUGAUAUAUUAUUGUAUAUGUUAAAUACCUAACAUGUGUUAGUAAAGGCAGAAUUGCAAUGUAAGAUAUAAUAGAAAAUCAUUUCCCCCCUGAACUGUGAUAAUUGGAAGCUUUUUGGUGUAGGGGCCAUUUUGCCAAUGAUUGUGCAGCACAUCGUUUUAAAAAAAUCUUUUUAUUAGUUGAUUUUUUUUUUUUAAAUAACAAAAGACCUAUUUUUUUACUCCAAAUCAAACAAAAUCUUUCAUUUCAGUAGUGGUCAGUCUUAACAAAAUAUUGAUUAUAAAAAUAAAAAUGGUAAAUGAUGGUGCAUUCCUUGGCAAGACAGGCCCAUAGUUAAGUAGGAUGUAUAUUAUAAGUGUCUUCCCUUACCAUAUUUUAAAAAUCAUGCCAGAUUUCAGGUCAGUUUAAAAAAUUACUGUAGUUUCCAUCAGGUGUUUUAGUUUAAGCCCGUCUGUUUUUCAAAGAAAGAAAGACUGGGUAUUGUGAUGGGGUUGGCGUUGUUUUGGGCUGUGUCGUCAUCGUCCUCAUUGUGCAUAAACAUUUACCUUGAUCAUAACCGAAAUGUCCGGCAAGGUCCAUAACUGGGAUAAUUUCCUUUUUAAAAUGAAGCAAAUUAGAGAUUUUGUGCUCCUUUGCAAAAGCAAACAGGCUUUGUUAUGUAAAAGCACUGCGGUUAUCCUUUUUUGAAUGGUUAACUGGUAUUAAACAAAAUGAUUACAGUGAUUUCAGUCUGGCUAUUUAAGGGAAGACAUUGUUUAUUUUCUUGCAAAUUAUUUAUAUACAAUGUGUUGACUGAUAUUAUGUAUUAAGGUAUACAUUUAUAAGCAGCUAAAAGUUAAAUAAUAUAAUGAUUAAUUUAUUGUUGGAAAGGGUUUUAACAAUUUGAAAGUAAUUGGUGUAUUUUUCAAAUUAUUUGAAUUAUGAUAGUUUAAUAGCUUUUACUUUUGCUCUUCCUAUUUAUAUAUCAUUGAAAACUUUAUCUUUGAGACAUGACAGGAUCAUAAGCCAAUAUUUUAUUUGAAAUGAGACAGGUUAUUGCAAUACUUAUUCAAAUUAUGAUACCGGUACAUUCUUAAUCAAGCAGAACAUAUUUUGUUCUUAUGUGUUCUAACAAAUGUGUUCUAACUCUCUUUACAUAGGAUAUUUAAGUUAGAAUCCACCUUGCAGUUAUUAACCAACAAUUUUUCAAUGUUCAUUCUUAAUUUAAAAUUUUCCUUCUAAAUAUAAUAGUAUAGUUCUAAGUGCAAUGUAAUGUUUUUAUCUCAUUCUCAAACUGUAUGCUAAAAACACUCACCGCAUACAUGUACGUUGCUAUAAGCUAAAGGUGCGCGAUCAUUGUCCUCUCCUUUACUUAGACUAAUGCGGACUCCUCGCCUUGGCAAUGGUGGCAUGAACAAUCCAAUUUAAAUGUUAGUUUUUGUUGUUUUUUCUUGUAGAAUCAUAUCAAAUGUGAAGAAAGAAAUACAAAAUUUAAUACAACUAUAUUGAGUUAUCUGGCAGAGUUUCACUUCGUCUAAAAUUUAAGGAAUUUUUGUCAGAGUUUAGGCCAAAAUCCUCUGUUUCAAUAUGUAAAAUUAAGUUGUUUUUAUUCUUAGCUAUCCUAAGCCUAUUUCCUUCUACUAAAUAUCAAAGGCCAAAAGUUGUCGACAAUGUUAUGGACUGUCCGUCUUCCGGAUAUGCUAAGUGACAAUUUAACAGUCCAUUCUAACACCCAUAAGCGUGAACAAUAAAAAUGUGUAUAAAUUUCAGAUGAAAUGUAUAUUUGAUGGUAAUGUAAUAUCUUCGUAUAUAUAAACUAACGUUAUAACUUCUGUUAUAACUAUUUUUUAGUUUGAAAUUACAAAAAAUGGGGGAAAAAGUGUAACACCUUGUCUUUCUGCAGUUCUGCGUCACAACAGCCACUGCAUAAAUAAGAACAUAAUUUGAUCAAAUAUAAUUUUAAAUUUAUACCAAGAAAAAAUACAAAUACAGUCUAUGUUUCCUUAGUUCCUCGUAGUCUUCUUUCGUUUCUGUGUUGUUGUUCACACUAGCUCCUGCGUUCCUUUUUGUUGUUGAUUUUCUACAAACUUGUGAAAAAAGGUUCGUUGUAGAUCCAGGCUCUCUCAUUUGUGUCUCAGCUUUUACGAUCAAUACUUAAUGUUGGUUUUUGUUGUUGUCUUUUCACAAAUCUUGUUUCCAUAAAAAACACAAUCCUUUGUCACUGACACCAAUUAACCUUAUGUUACCCUACAGCUUUGUAUAACCUUAAUUUUUUUUAUGAAACCCAGAUUUUUUUUAGCUUGUUCGAGGUUCGAGCUUGUGUUUUUCUUUAAGUUCUUACUACUCAAAAAGAAAAUGUAAGAAUACAAACUGGUACCUGAAAUAAAUAGUUUAUAUAUCAGUUCCGUAAUAUUUUUAAACUUGGACACUGAUAUUGUAAGGGUUUUAUUGUUUUACGAAUUAUCAGCUCCUUUGUCUUUUUUGGGCGUGUGGUAGAGUCGAAUUUGAGCUAUUAUGAUGGGCUUUAUAUCCUUGUUGUCAGCAUCGGUGUCUUUUGCUCUUGAAAAGUUGAACCUUGGGCAUAGCUGAAAUACACUACCAUGACUAAAAUGGGCACCAGUUGUCAUAGGCAAAAGGCAUAUUUUAGGAAGGUCAUUAACUCUUGGCAUUGACUGUCUGACACUAUUGAUAAGCCUGACAACUUAGGUUUGAUAUCAUAAACAUAAAUUGUUGGUAUUUAUGUCGAUUGGUGUUCAAAACCAACAUAACUUAAAAGGAAAAAAAUAGAUAAAUAAAAAAAUAAAUAUCUAUACAAUUAUGGAAUAAUCAUAAGCAUCAAGACAUGCUCAGAAUUUAAUUAAUGUGUCUUGUUUUUAUAGUAGAAUGAUGAGGCCCUCUCAUUUCUCCGACCACAUAAUUUACCAAGUCUUUACGCUCAUGAUUGUAUUGUAAUAGAAAGUUUAUCCAGUUAUUCUAUAUAUAUAUAUAUAAACUCAACGAAUAGAUCUUUGUAUUUUGACACUAUAUUUAUUCAUUGUUGAAAACAUUUGCAUCAAUUACAAAAGUAUAAAUUAGUUCUUAGAGAAUUCAUAAUAAUGAUACCACGAAUACAAUUCCGUAUUUCAGUAUCCCGAACCCCAUGCCGUUCAGUUAAAUGGUUCUUUGUAUCUAGCGGGUUAUCCAAACAUUAUAUACUACAGCUCAGCUAAACGAGCACAAUUUUCUUAUGGUCAGUCGUGACACUUUUUUAUCUUGCAAGGAACAUGAAUUUGUCUGGCUUGACUAAUUUUGUGAUUUUAUCGCUUCAGCCAAUUCAUGCAAAAACGCUUGUAUGUUUACAAGUACUUACCGAGUUUAGUAUGACUCUACAUAAGUGCAUUUGUUAGAAAUUGUAAACACUGAAUAGUGAGCAUAUGACAUAUUUUUUCUGGAUGGAUUGACCUAUACUUAGUGUGCACACAAAAUUGUUUUGAAGCACAAACCAUGCAGGUCUUUUCUAUAAAUCUGGUGUUGAGAAAUAGGCAUACUUGUAGUAUAAUGCAGAUUUUUACCAUCUCACCAAACCGGUUCUGUACAGCUCAAGAUCCUCUCCUUGUAGCGUAAUGCUACUGUUCACUUAACUUUUGUGGUAGUUCUUUAAGUUAACAACUAUCAAUUGUUCCAGUGUUUAAGUCUUUAUUUUAUUAUGUUCUUUCUUAAAGUGUUUGUGACAUUUGUCCGAUUUUUCUUAAGACAUAUUUCAUCAUGGGAAUUAUUUCAUGGUACUUAAUAUAAUUUUAAUUCAAGUUCACUUUGAGAUCUGAAACCCUAGGAAAUAUUUUCUUUUUAUACUUUUAAUCACAAUUUACUUUUUAAUCACCAUUUAAUUUAAGAAGCGUUUGUUCCGCCCUUAUCUUAUUCGAGGAAGUGUCAUAAAUAGGUGAGAAUUAUUUGUUGGUGAAGAUCGGAGAAACUAUCAUUAUUUAAACCUGCAGGGUUAAUUGGUGUCAAAGUGAAUUGCUCGUGAGGAUGAUAAUACUUGCUUAUGAUUAGGUGUCAACAGGAAUGUUGUUAAUGGAGACUUUUGAUCAGAGAGAAAUACUCUUCGGUGUUUUAACUUGAUAAAAACCCGUCAACUAUAAUUGGUUAAUGAUAAAGUAGAUGAUUGGAAACAAAAAUUAAAAAGAAUUAGUGAAUAUGGAGGUACGGUUUUUGUUUUGUUUUUUAUAUGAACAAUGAAGAAAACAAGAAUACAUGGAAAUAAGUUAUACCCGAAACCAAAUUUGAAAAAUAAUCAAUAGAAACAAACACAAUACACUAAAACAGAAAUAAAAACCAUAAAUGAAGCCAACACUUUUAGUCCCUAGUCAACACUGUUGAUGGAUGGUGACCGGGGGCGGUCACUCGAGCAUCCGGUACACGUCCAUGUUAGCGGCAAUACUGGAAGGAUGGGCGAAGCUGCUGGUCCUUGAGGCGGUAGGUCGAGAUUUGCAGUGGCGCGUGUCCAAACGCUUUGGAACACGGCCCGUUUCUUGGUGAGGGCUCUCACCGAUCUUCGAGAAACUGUGGCAUCACAGCAGCAAACGCAGACAUGGACCUGGCGUUGUGUCGCUACCCGGUGAAUUUCUUCAUGUACUGCGGUGAAGAAGUCCAUCCGUGCAUGAUGGGAGCCGAGUAAGUGUCGGACGGCUGUCCGAUAAAUGUCGGCAAACUUCAGGUUCAGUGGUGUGCAUCCAGGCAGGAGGUGGCCUUCUGUAUCCAGGUGGGUGGCCCGGAGAGCCGCGCCCACGAAGGCCGUCAGCCAUCUGACAAGAAGCUCACGUACGACAAAGUGAAGGGUAAAUCGAGGAAGUGCAGAGUUCAUGAUGUUGAAGGUUUGUGGAAGCGUAAAGUACAGCAAGAGAGUGUGGGCAGAAUCAUCGUCUUGUUUUGGUUUUUAUAUGAUCUAUGAAGAAACAAUAAUACAUGCAAAAUAAGUAACACCCGAAACCAAAUAUGAAAAGUAAUCAAUAUAAACAAACACAAUACACUGAAACAGGAAUAAUAAUAAUAAUGAAUGAAGUCCAGACUUUAUAAAAAACACCGAAUUAGUUUCUAAUCGACACUGUUGACGUCUAUAUUGUUCGUGGAAGGUGACCGGGGUCGGUCACUUGAGCAUCCGGUACACGUCCAUGUUAGCGGCAAUACUGGAAGGAUGGGCGAAGCUGCUGGUCCUUGAGGCGGUAGGUCGAGAUUUGCAGUGGCGCGUGUCCAAACGCUUUGGAACACGGCCCGUUUCCUGGUGAGGGCUCUCACCGAUCUUCGAGAAACUGUGGCAUCACAGCAGCAAACGCAGACAUGGACCUGGCGUUGUGUCGCUACCCGGUGAAUUUCUUCAUGUACUGCGGUGAAGAAGUCCAUCCGUGCAUGAUGGGAGCCGAGUAAGUGUCGGACGGCUGUCCGAUAAAUGUCGGCAAACUUCAGGUUCAGUGGUGUGCAUCCAGGCAGGAGGUGGCCUUCUGUAUCCAAGUGGGUGGCCCGGAGAGCCGCGCCCACGAAGGCCGUCAGCCAUCUGACAAGAAGCUCACGUACGACGAAGUGAAGGGUAAAUCGAGGAAGUGCAGAGUUCAUGAUGUUGAAGGUUUGUGGAAGCGUAAAGUACAGCAAGAGAGUGUGGGCAGAAUCAUCGUCUGCGUGUGUUUAUAUUGGGCACCGUGUUCUUGUGUUUGUCAGUUAUUGAUGAUAAUAGGUUCACAAUUCUUAUGUACAAGUCCAUCAUUAACAUCAAUGAUGUCAAUCACGAUUGCAGUAUCGGGGUUGUCGAUCUCGUUAUUGACAGUUCAAAAACAGAAAAGUCCCGGUGGCUGUCAACAAUUUUAAUUGUGGCCCUCAUGGUUUAAAUCCAUCCGAUCCGAGCAGGGAUAAAGUCUUUUGAUGGCUUCGGACAUCGGGUUCGCAGCCGACGUUGAUUGGUUGCAGAUACCCAGUUUUUCAGGCCUCGCCUCUGAUUGGGCGAGAGUAGAUUCCUCACUGGCCUUGUAGACCACCUGACUGUAUUGUGGGUGUGGUUUGGGACGCGAUCGGUCAGGAAUACAUUUGAGAAAGGCAGAAUGAUAUUUACAAAGAAUGAGAACGGUCACACUGACAAGCAGAACACCAGCUGCUAUGAUUGUAAUUAAUUUCCAUAGUGGCCACCCAGAGGAUACGUCAAGGACAGAAUUAGGUAAUUAAAUUUAUUCAUUAAAGCUCUUAAGGGAAGUUCGUGUAUCUGUUUCAAUUCAUCAGGCAUUUCAAUUUUGAGACAUUAGUAAGAAUUUUAUGGAGAGGAUCCCAGAUUUGAACAUCGGAAUCGUCUCCUACCCCGAAUAGAAAUUUGAAUAUGCCUCCCAAAGGUAAUAAAGACCGUUCAGAUCGUUGUCCUAAAGUUUGUAAAUCUGUAUAGCUAUUUAAUACUUCCGUGUAAGUGUCCUGUACAUUUCCCAAAUCUAAUUGAAUGUGCCUAAUUGUUUCAAUAAAUGCGUCUUUAUCAGUAUACUUAUCAUUUUUCUUAAAAUGCAUAAUAACCUGAUUAGCCAUUUCGGUAGAAUUUAUUAAUCUCUGAUCAACUUGAUCAAGAAAGUUUGCAAACACCUUAGUGUCAAUUACCAGUGCUAAUUGCCAGUGUGACUUAGUAAUUGAAAUAUCUUUAAGUUUUUGAAAUAUGACAUUAUCGUAUAUCUCAAAAGUUUCACUCAUGCCAAUCGCGUACCAGAGUACAAGGUAAUUCAUCCUUGUUUCUGAAAAGAGAUGAUUAAUAUAAUUGAUAACAACAUCCUGGUCACGGCACCAAACUUUUACGUGUCGCGUAAUGCCAACGCUCACUUAACUUUCGUGAUAGUUCGUUCAGUAAACAACCAACAACUGUUCAAAUGUUCUAAGUCUUUAUUUUGUUAUGUACCUUCUUAAGUAUCAUACGGGCUAUAAGUUCUAGUUAACUUUCGUGAUAGUUUGUUCAGUAAACAACCAACAACUGUUCAAAUGUUCUAAGUCUUUAUUUUGUUAUGUACCUUCUUAAGUAUCAUACGGGCUAUAAGUUCUAGUUAACUUUCGUGAUAGUUCGUUCAGUAAACAACCAACAACUGUUCAAAUGUUCUAAGUCUUUAUUUUGUUAUGUACCUUCUUAAGUAUCAUACGGGCUAUAAGUUCUAGUUAACUUUCGUGAUAGUUCGUUCAGUAAACAACCAACAACUGUUCAAAUGUUCUAAGUCUUUAUUUUGUUAUGUACCUUCUUAAGUAUCAUACGGGCUAUAAGUCUAGUUCAUGCCCAAAACCUAACCUAAACUAACUGUGUAACAUGCUUUCAUAUAUACUGCUGAUUUCGUCUAGUUUGUGACAGGUGUGCAUAUUUAAUUUCUUGUUAUAUACAAAAAGAUGUAUUCUACAGUCAUGAACUGUCAAGCUAAUUGGUCAAAUAGCCAGCGGCUAUCACGAACUGUCAGCAUCUAAGUAAAUCUACAUUUGAUCACCAUGAUGAAGUAUUUGCUUUUUGUUACAAAUAAACUUUGAAUUUGAAUUUGAAAACUAUUGAUUUUUGUUAUUACUUUAAGUGUUUCAUACGUAACUUUUAUGUUAUGUGACACUUUAAAGUGUUUAUACGUAACUACGUUACGUGACAACUAUAAGAUAGGACAUAAAAUACUGUUAAAUAUAAAUCUAAAAAUGUGAACAACAUAAAAAUCCUAAAAAAAUGAGAAAACAUGAAACAAUAUAGAAUGAUGAAAUGAUGAGAUUGAAUAUGAAUAUAAUGAAAUAAUGAUGAUAAUCAUUAACACAAUAAAAAUGAAAAAUAACCUUGUGAAAACAUCCUCCAGCCGAGUAAAACAAUGCUCCUGCAUUGAACACAGUUCACAAUGCAUGUGUAAUAGUAACAUGAAUUACAAGGCAGGGGAGUUAAUGCAAAAGAAUAACAAUAUAAGAAUUGUGUACAUAUUUACAUAUGUGGCCCUCUCUCGUUCUAUGACCACAUUAAAAGAAUAUCCCCAAGUUCUUAGAAUCGUGAUCACAAUUAUUUAUGUCAGUCGUUCCAGUUAUUCUAUUAUGAAUACAAUAACUCGACAAGUCCGUGUUCGUUUAACACUUAUUUAUUCUAUGUUGAUAUAUAUUCUCCUCAGUUAUUUAAGUAAAGUUUUACUUCGAUUACAUGUGAUAUAAAAAUAUAAUACGAAUAUAGUUUCCGUAUUUCUGGUAUCAAGAACGCCCGUGACGCGAAUUGAGCGGUUCUCCCGGUCUGGCGCCCUGAUCAAAAGUGGCCAGGUCUUUUAUACUAAGGCUCAGCCAAAUGAGCACAAUUUCCUUAUGGUCAAUCGUGACACUAGGCACAAUAAAUAUGCCCGGCAUUACUAUUUCGUGAAUUCUUUCUGUCUCAAUCAGACAGUUAUAGCCAAAGAAGUAAAUAUUUUAUUAAGGAAACUUUGUAUCAGCAAAUAUAGCAAAAUGUGGAUUCAGCAAAUUCAUGCAGAAACCUUGUAUGUUUACACAUAUCAAGAAAUAAACAUAUUUCCAUCUGAAAAUAUCAACAAUAAACAUGUUGAAUAGUAAUUAAUACAAUGUCACAAAAAUAUGACUAAGAAACUAUGUCCUUAUACCGUUAGCACUAAGCACAUUUCCUAUAACAAUGUUAAAUGAAAUGCAAUGUCUUUCAAAGACAUGAAUAAUAAAAGUAAAAUGUUGUGUAGCCUAGGCCUCCUUGUUCGUGUGGAGAACAUUAUAAAUGGCUUGAUGCUAAAACUGGCUGUGAUGAAAAAAAAAUAAAAAUAAUAAUAUGAAAAAUAAAAUGACACUGAUUAAUAAAAGAAAAUGUAAUCGGUUAGAAAAUUGUCUGAUGUUAAAAUGAAUGCACAAAAUUAUACAGAUGGUAGAUGGAUAAGGCUUGGUUCUUUUUAAUCGCUGAUUUUUGGGUAUAGCAAUGGUUUUGCCUCAUUUGACUCCAUCGGAGCAGAUGGGACCUGACUCGCUCCUAUUUCUAUUGGGAUACAAAACUGAUUGUGUGUUACCCAUAAAUACAGUGAAUAAGGGUCUGUAAUAAAACCUAAAUCUUGAUAGUUAUUCCUGAUAAAGUUAUAGUUGUAAGAUUGGUCAAUGACUUUUGCAAAAAGCCAAGACUGUCUUUCUUCAAAAUUAUCUGAAAAUGACUCAAAAGAGUUUUCCAUUUGAACAAUCAUGUCAUGAUUAUUUUUCAAACCAGUAAUAGCAUUAUUGAAGCUUUCAUUAGAUGUAGCCAUAAAUAAACUCAUUAUAUCAAUUUGAUGUUUAAAAGAUGCAUCUAAUUUAUCAUUAUUUUUAUGCAAAGCGUUUAAAUUGUUUGCAAUUUUCUGAACAUCUGAUGAUGUUGACAGACCAAAAAGACCUGAUGCAAUUUUUCCUACAAAAGGUAAUAAACUGCGUCUACGACGAGAGGGUAGUUUAUCACUAACAUGAACCAUAUCCAAAAUAUUGUUGGUAACCGUAUCAACGUAUAACAUUGUAUCAUUAUGAACUGAACUUAAAUGCUUUGAUACAGCAGCAAUUUCAGGACAUUUACAUUUUGGUUGAUCAUCAUGUUGAAAGUUUGGUAUUUUUAAAUCAAUGACAAAAGUGUGUUGCCAAUGUUCUGAAGAACUAAACAAAUCAGGCAUGGGUUUAAAAAUAGUCCCAUAAUUUAGUCUGGUCUCAAUCAUCAGCCCAUGUGAAUUUGGCCACAGCAGACAUAAGGUCAGGAAAAACAGGAUAUAGCCUGCAAGUAGAAAAUACCCAUAUUCAAAAUAAUUAUGAGCUUACAUAUCAUUAUUUGACGUCAUAUAGCACUAUAUUUCAUGAGCCUGCUCAAUACUUAAAAUAUAAACAAUGAAAAGUUUGGUCAAUAAAUUUUUUAAACCUGGUAUUAACUACACAAUAUGACAUUUUUAUGUCUGCCUAAUCACAGUUAUUCUGGGAGUUGAUUACUAAAUAAUUAAUACCAUGCUUAAUGUAGUGAACUUACAUCAUAAUUAUGUGUAAAAAAUUAUAUGAUAUAAACAAACCAAAGGCAAAUGGUUUGAAAAAUAAAAUAACUGUUUAAAAUAAAACAGUUCACUUUCUUUAUUUAAAUACUUCCGUUUUACGUCUUUUAUUUUUAGACGUAUAUGUUAAAUGAAAGUUAUUGCGCAUCUCUUCUGGGACUAAAUCCGCAAGAAGCCAUUUGUUGUGCGAAUUAUCAAGGUUUUCAAACUUAAACCUAUACCAUUUCUUUCCAUUUUGAUGAGAAUAUCUUCGUAUUCUUUCUACUUUGUUUGUAGAAACAUUAUCAUCUGGACUAUCACCACUGACAUCAAUUUCAGGGUCUCCAGUCUGACCUAUAAUAUUUUCCCUAACAUUUUGAAUGUUUUCAUCUGCAUACCGAUCAAAUGGGAUGUGGUAUUUCUUCAGACGAGAAGCAUUGACCAAUGAUUUCACAAUUUUUCCCGUGUGUACUAGUUUCAGUUUGUAUGUGUAAUUGGGUCCUAACUCAAUAAUUUCAUAUGGACCUACAUAUUUUGGUGCCAAUUUCCUACAUUGCCCUACUUUGACAUUUUCCUUGUUUAACAUGAUCUGUUGACCUUUGACAUAAGAUGGUUCUUUUGCUUUCCUAUCAUGGUAUUAUUUUUGUUUUAUUUGCUGGCCAGAUCUGUUUGCAUUUAUGAUAGAGUUCAUAAGUUUCAGCUGUUCAUUCAAGUUGUCUACAAAUUCCUUGACGUUUACAGGCAAGUCUUCCUUAGGAAUAAGAGCUAUAUCAAUAGGCAAAUUCAUAUGCCUACCAAACAAAACUUGAUAAGGUGUAAACCCAGUUGAUGAUGAAACAGCGUUCCUGAAAUUUAGCAUAAUUGCUGGUAUAAGUUCUGCCCAAUUGUUUUGGUUAUCCAUACACAGAGUUCUAAGAUCUUGUCCUAAGAAUCCAUUAACCCUUGUUACAUCUGAGUUACUCUGAGGAUGAAAUGAAGAUGUAUGGUGCCUAGUUAUUUGAAAUCUUUAUUUGUUGAGCAUAUUUCUGCUUGAUUUGCCGCCAAAAUAUCAACUUGUUCUUUCUGUUCUGCCAUAUUGACAUUACCUUAUGCGUUUUUGACUACUUCUGCAAGACUUUGUUCAGAGAAAUUUAUUUGUGGUGGAUUAAUUGCAUAUGCCUUUUCAGACAAUUCUGCUGUUUCAAUUAAUCCCUCAAGUGUUCGUGGAGGAUUACGCUUUAAAUCGGCCCUAAUAUGUGGUAGUAAUCCACCACUCGCUGCACUUAAAAUGUUUUCUUGAGAAAUGUCGGCAGUGUGUGCUUUUGUAUGCACCUCAUAAAUAAAAUCCCUAACUGUUUGUUUUGACCUUUGUCUCAUGUGGAAUAAAUCAGCUAAUGUUUGAACUUUGUCUAUUUUUUUACCAAAACGUUGUAUAAAUUUUGUUUUUAAUAGAUUGAAAUCAUUUUUUAUGUCAUCGGAAAAUGUCGUAAACCAAUCAAAGGAGUACCUAUUGCAAGAUACAUGCCGAAAAAUUUAGCGAGAGAUGCCAGAUCGGUUUGAGAAACACUGCCAAAAUACUUGAACCUUUCCACCCAAGUUUUAGCAUCAAUAGUGGGAUCAUAUUUCCCAACUAACUCCACUUUAAAAGGAGGCCUACCUUGUGUUCUGGCAGGUCCUUAGGGUCCGGCUUGCAGUCCAGGGUCUGCCUCUUCUUGCCUGGCUACUUCUUGUCCCCUUUCCGCCAUUGUAGUUUCUUUCUUGGGUGGGAGAGCUUGAAUUUGUUCGUCAGGUACCAACGGACGGCUUGGGUCUUCAACUUGUCCUUGUGAUCUAGUAUGUGGCACCCUCAGCAUGUGCGACAAGUGGUCAAUUUUAUGAUUUUGGAUUCUUCACCAGUUUUCAGCCGUUCAUACUUUAUUUGUUGUUGAUUAACUAAAUAUUUGAUGUCAAUAUUUAUAUGUCAAAGUCCUGGUUGAUUAUUAUAUUAUUGUCGUUAAGACCACUUGUGCCUUGGUUUGGAGGGUACCUGGUUUGAAGAGAGCCAAACAGUUGAUAUUUCAAGUCAAGGUAAAGUGUCUUUCUUAGAAAUUGUAAACACUGAAUUGUGAGCAUAUGAAAUACAUUUUUAGCGUAACACUAUGAUAACUUUCUAAAUGUCCAACUUAAUUAGAUUACCGAAACACCAGUUGCACCGCUCCGGACACCCAGCCUCCAAGGUAUCCAUGAAAAAAAUGGACAAAUAAUGUACCAUGUAUAGCGUAAUGCAAUCGAGAACAUUCUUUAUUUUAAAACGAUCUUUCUAGGUAUAAUUAUAUAGUUCGAAAUACAGUGUAGCAUGUCAGGUAAUACUGCUGUUCACUUAAUUUGUUGGAAGUCUUUUGGUUAUUAAACAACAAUUGUUUGAAUGUUAGUUCCUUCUUUAUUGUUCAACGUUCUUUCUAAGUAUAAUAAUCAGUUCUAAAUACACGCUUUACAUUUAAGCUCUCCCCACAACCUAACUCCUGUCCAUUAAGGACCACAGGGCUCUUCCUAGCCCUCUCUGUCUUUACGUCCAAAAUGAUUCACUUUAAAUAGUAUGACUAUGACAGCUUAACAACCCAAAGCGUACCCGUUUUAGUAAUUAACAUGACUAUUUAUGAAAAACUGUACAUUUGUAUCAGGUCGGCUUUCAACCACUUCCUCAUUUAUUGACAAAUCAAAUAUGCCCUACAAUAAUUACUAAACAUUUAUAAUGAAGACAAAUAUCCAUCUAAUUCAAAGCUUAUUUUACCGUAAAUAACAUCAUUACGUUACAAACAUUCAAAGCUCAUCCCCAUAUCGCUAACUAUAUGUUAAACACUCGCUUUAUAUACUCAUAUCGGAGGUCAAAAUUUGUUAUAUGGCCGCAACACAUAUCUUGACAGGCUUGUCCACCAAACGCCCAUGUGUUUUUGGUGUACAUAUGGAAAUAUCUUAUUUACUUCGUAUUCACACUCUUGAACUUCCAAGCUAAUUGGCUGGGAAGGUGGAAAACGUCCAAUCUCUGGUAUCUCUGGGUCAAUAAGUUACUCAAGAUAUAUUUUUAUGACAAAUAUAUGUGCACUAUGCUGUGUGGAAGGUCAAUUAUAGAUUAUGGCUAAGUUUAAUUAGCAAUCGCAAAAUAUUCACAAUAAAGCACAAUGAUGAAAUAUAUUGCUUGUAAGUAGGCAGUAAUUGUAGGUAAUCCCUAAAUAAAUGAUCUUAUAUGGUAAGUAUAUCCUUAUAUGGUAAGGAUAUCCUUAUAUGGUAAGGAUAUCCUUAUAUGGUAAGUAUAUCCUUAUAUGGUAAGUAUAUCCUUAAAUCAUUAAACGGUAAUUUAGUAGAUCAAUUAUCGGAAAUGUCAAAAAGUAGGAGUAUCGGAACUUAUUGACACAUUGAAGUUGUCAUAACGGAGACAACCAAACCAAACCAAGAUUUAUUUCUUUUUAAUCGAGAUCCGGUACUUUGAAUCGAUAAUCUAUUUUAACAAGGAUGAUGAUCAAUUGCCAAUACCGAAGCCUAACCCUGAACGGGCGUUUUGUACCUUAAAUCACAAAGAAUUAAAAAACUUCAUGGCACUGAUAGUGAAAUUCCCCAUGCGGAACUUAAGAUUUUAAGAAAUAAACAAAACAAAAAACGCAAAUGAUUCACAAUCUGAUGAAAGAUAUCAUGAUAACUCAAGUUCAGAUACAUUUGUUAUAUAGUAUGAAUAACUGUGCAUACAUUUUCUUUAUUAAGUGUUUAGUAUUGCAAUAACCUGUUCUCAUAUAAUAUUGCGUAUAUAUGUUUUACGCAAAUCAUGUUAAAUAAGUAGAUUAUGUGUAUAUUAUGUAUGUCAUGAUUGUUUUGUAAAUUGCCUUAUGUUAUAUUAUUUAUUUGUUUGUUUGAUCAUUGAAAUAAAAAGAAUCAAAUUUGCA